UAGGUUGUCCGGCGCUGUCGCUCGGUUGCGGCGACUGCGGUUGGCGGUGGCUGCGGCGGCGGCGCGGGCUAAGUGCGGCCGCGCGGGAGUCCGCGUCUGGCGCGGCCCGAGCGGGGAGCCGGCGACUCGACCCAGGCAGCGGCCGAGGCGAGGCGGGGCGGGCCGGCCCGGGGCGGAGGGCCGGGGGCCGAGGCCGAGGCCGCGGGGCCGAGGCGGACGGCGGCCGAGGCGGCUCCGGCCAGGGCCGGGCCGGGGGCCUGGGGGCCGGGGGGCGGCGGCGGGCGGGCGGCCGCGGCGGCCGGGGCCGGGACGAUGACUCUGGAGUCCAUGAUGGCGUGUUGUCUGAGCGACGAGGUGAAGGAGUCCAAGCGGAUCAACGCGGAGAUCGAGAAGCAGCUGCGGCGGGACAAGCGCGACGCCCGGCGCGAGCUCAAGCUGCUGCUCCUCGGCACGGGCGAGAGCGGGAAGAGCACCUUCAUCAAGCAGAUGCGCAUCAUCCAUGGCGCUGGCUACUCCGAGGAGGACAAGCGCGGCUUCACCAAGCUCGUGUACCAGAAUAUCUUCACCGCCAUGCAGGCCAUGAUCCGCGCCAUGGAGACGCUCAAGAUUCUCUACAAGUACGAGCAGAACAAGGCCAAUGCGCUCCUGAUCCGGGAAGUGGACGUGGAAAAGGUGACCACGUUCGAGCAUCAGUACGUCAGUGCCAUCAAGACCCUGUGGGACGACCCCGGCAUCCAGGAGUGCUAUGACCGCAGGCGCGAGUACCAGCUCUCUGACUCUGCCAAGUACUACCUGACCGAUGUUGACCGAAUCGCCACCUUGGGCUACCUACCCACCCAGCAGGACGUGCUGCGGGUCCGCGUGCCCACCACCGGCAUCAUCGAGUACCCUUUCGACCUGGAGAACAUCAUCUUCAGGAUGGUGGACGUCGGGGGACAGCGGUCAGAGCGGAGGAAGUGGAUCCACUGCUUCGAGAAUGUCACGUCCAUCAUGUUCCUCGUCGCCCUCAGCGAAUACGACCAAGUCCUGGUGGAGUCGGACAACGAGAACCGGAUGGAGGAGAGCAAAGCCCUGUUCCGGACCAUCAUCACCUACCCCUGGUUCCAGAACUCCUCCGUCAUCCUCUUCCUCAACAAGAAGGACCUGCUGGAGGACAAGAUCCUCUACUCACACCUGGUGGACUACUUCCCCGAGUUUGACGGGCCCCAGCGGGACGCCCAGGCGGCGCGGGAGUUCAUCCUCAAGAUGUUCGUGGACCUGAACCCGGACAGCGACAAGAUCAUCUACUCGCACUUCACCUGCGCCACCGACACGGAGAACAUCCGCUUCGUGUUCGCGGCCGUGAAGGACACCAUCCUUCAGCUCAACCUCAAGGAGUACAACCUGGUCUGACGGCGCCGGCCGGGCCUCUGCCCGCGGGAGGAGUGUUUUCGUAUUUUUAACAUGGUUUUUAUUUCACAGUACCGGGGGAUGUGCGUCUUUCCGUGCACCGCGUGCGUCUUCUCACCUUUCAUCGGCGGCAAAGGCGGCCUUUUUCUGGCCUUGACUUAUGGCUCGCUUUUUUCUAAAAAAAAAGAAAAAGAAAAAGAAAAAAACCCUACGAAACAUGAAACACAUGUGCGCCCUGUGCUCCCAGCGACUCUGGGCCUCGCCGAGCCCCUGGCAGCCCGCGUGGGGGCCCCGCCCCGCAGCCCCGCCCGUCCCCGCACCGCUGUCCUUCCCAGCCGCCUGCUUUUCCUUUCUCCCCCGCUGCUUCCUCAUCACGGAAGGUGUGGAGACUCGGAGACUGACGUUUUCCCCUUUUUUAAGUUAUUGACGCCCAGCGCGCCUCCCUCUUCACGACUCAAUGCUGUGUUUUGCCCACUGGACCCCUGAAGAGGGGGUGGGGGGCUCCCUCAGUCGCCCACCCUGGGAAGUGCCUAACCUUUUUUUUUUUUUUUUUUUUUUUGAGGAAAAAGAACGCCUGACUGCACAGGCUGUAGCAACACCCUGGGCCCCCUCAUGGCCAGGUCGCCCGUCUCUCUGCAGAGGCUGGGAGGGUCCCUAGGCUGGAGCCAUGGGGGCUCAGGGCUCCUUCAGGCUGUGCCGCCAGGGCCAGCGUCGGCCGCUUGGGGCCGCCCUGCCCCGGCUGGAGGGCACCUCACUGCGGCCCACGUGGGCUGGGUGACUGACACCGGGAGAAAGGCCUCCUGGCUGGGCCAUUUCUUUUCCUUGGUUCGCUUUGUGUUGUCACCAAUUUGGAAACAGUGAGGGUGGGGUGGGGACUUUCACAUUCUCAGGUGUGUACCCGAGAGGCAGAGAGAGGGACGUGGCUGGCAGCUCCGUGUGUGGCCUUGUCCCAAGCACUUGUGCCUGCACCCCCCGCCCCCCGUGCCGCCCCCAGGGGCGGGGAGGGGUGGGGAGGGGGCGGGAACCAGCACUCGCACUUUGGCCAGGGCCAGGGGAAGAUGGCAGCAGGCACCGGCCCGGGCAGCUUCCCAGCCUCACUGGCCAUGGCCCGAGGGGGAGCCCGCCAGGCCACCUGCACUGAGCCACAGCCCGGGAUCCUCCUCCUGGGGUCCCUUUAGGCACUGAGGCACCGAGGCUGGUUCUCCCUGGAGACUUCGAAGCUGUGGAGCGAGGGACUGUUUUGGGAGGCAGCUUUCCCUUUCCUGUUGACUGAACACUACAGUGCUGUGUGGGGCGGGGCUGGCACAGCUGGCUCAGGGGUGGAUCGCCCGCUGCCUUUCCUGCCUGAGGCGGACUCUGCCCCGCGGCUGCUAGCCUUGACAGAUGACAAAAGAAACAGCCCCAAAGUCAGAGCACCCUGACCAGCAGUUCCUGCCCGCCGUUGUAGGGCCUGCCCCGGCCUCCUUGUCCGCAGGGCUGUCUGCUGGCUUCUGGGGGGAGAAGCAGGGGCGCCCCAUGGAGGGGGUGCAUGCAGGUCAGGGCAGCUACGUUUCUGGUGAUGAGCCCCAGCGGGAGAAGGGCUGGCGGGACCCCCAGCUUCCCCGUGCCCCUUUUCUUCUUUUCUCUCCCAGAAGCAUCCCUUUCUUUGUGCCAAGUGUCUACCUAAGAUGGUUGGUGCCAAGAAGCCCCCCAUGGCGGGUGCCUGGGGGUCCAGCCGUGGCCUGGGUAGCAGAUGGGGCCAACCCUGGCAGAGUCGCUACACCCAUUUCCGAAGUGGACUCCUCUGGGGCCUGGGCUUGUGGCAUCUCUGAAGGGACCCAGACCUGGCCUGAGGGUUCAGUUGCCCAGUACUCGGGCCGGGAUGCCACUGGGCUAAGUAUUAGCUUUUCCUGGGGAGGGGCCGUGCCAAGCAUCCCAGAGCCAGGCUGGGGCCGCCAAACUAUCUUGGCCCGGGUCCUCUGGGUCCGAGUGCCUGAUCCCCCUCCCGCCAAAAAAGCAGAGGUGGGUGCUGCAGGCCCGGGCGGGGUGCCUGCCCCAGUAGAGUCCCAGGCAGUGGUUCUCGUGCCAUUGACACCCUCGGGUUGGGGAAGGGGCAGCUGACCCCCACCUUGCCUCAUGUGGGGCCACGUGUGGGGUGUUUGACCUUGGUGACUCACCUGCCGGUUCACUCUCAUGAGUGCUGACCACCUCCGACCACGUCACGCCCAGGCGGUAGCAGUCCCCGGCCACUGCAAGGCCCACGCCCUGGGUCCCCCGGCUCCUCCAGAGGGGCGUCCCGUGCCAAUGUCCCCCAGUGGUGGCAGCGGGUCCUGCGGCCGGCCUGGUGGACGGGACCCGGUGAUACUUGUAUAUUACACAAUCCUGAUUUCAGACAAUUUCAACCUUAAUCUAUUUAAAAAAGAAUAUUCUAUACAAUGCUGUUUUUAAACCUUUUACCAUUUGAAAUGCAUGUGUUGUGCGCAUUGGGGGAAUGGGAGGAGGGGCUGAGGCGCGGCUCAGUGUCACCUCCCGUGGCCACUGGCCCUGACCCUUCCUCCAGACACUGAUGGAAGUCGACUUUUCAUAUCUUUCUCCUGAAAUGAACUCUGUUUUAAAUUGGAAUAAAUUUUGUUCCUAAA